GACAGAUAAAAUCACAGACUACAAGCUUCGUAAAAAAAUAUUACUGUAAAAACGUAAAUAAAAUAUUUUUUCUGAAAGUUUUGUUUAUUCAGAUGUUGUAAAAUGUCGGCUGUGGGGCCAGAAUUCUAUCACUUUAUCAAAAAACUAGAAGAUAAUGGUGACAAGCUUCCUCCCCCAACGUUGUCCCUAAUACAACAGCCUUUGGAGUUCGAGUUUAAUAACUCCACUUGCUAUAUUUGCAAUGGGUACUACGGGCCUAGUUUCGGAGAGCCAGUAUGUGCAACUUGUCACGCCUUCUUAUUUCCCGACUUCCCGUCGUAUCUCCCCAACUCGCACUUCGCCAGUGAGAAGACUGAUGACGGGGACUCCGGCAACGACGAGCCGUCCGACCUGAACUACAGCUCUGAGAGGAGGCUGAAUCAAGUGCAAUUUCCAUCAUGGUUCUACAGGAAUUCUACUGACAAUGAAACAAGUCCAGAAGAUGAAGCCAGCAGAGCAAGCAACUCAGGCCCCGGUGCAAGCAGCAGCAGCAACGAGGAUCCUCCGCGGCCAAACCCCAUCAACAUGGAUGUCAUAGUUGGGCAGGGCCCGCCCAUGCCUGCACCCAACCUGGCUCGGUCACUGCAGGCACUGUCCACUCCGAGGAUGCCGGACAAUCUGGAGCCGGGCUUGGUGGAACAACUUCCUUCUGAAGUGCUGCUCUGCAUCUUCAGCUACCUGGACGACCUCUCUCUCUGCGCGUGCGCGGCGGUGUGCGCGCGCUGGGGCCGCCUGGUGGAGGCGCGCGUGCCGCCGCUGCGCUGGGCCGCCUUCGCGAACAAACGGUUCCCGCUGUACAAGCCCAUGCAGCCGCAUGUUGACUGGCAUAAGAAAUACCGUGCUCUCGUAGAGUCGUCGUUCUGCCGCAACUGCCUGGUGCAGAUGUGUGCGCAGGCGCAGCCCGCCGGCGAGGAGAGCCACUGGAGAAGGAACCGACUUAGGAUCGAACUGAAGAUGUUGCGCAACGACCCCCCAGAGGGCAUCGCGGCGACCCCGCUGGACCCCGUGUGCUGCCACUGGCAGGCCUCCGUCACCGGGCCCGCCGGCUCGCCCUACGAGGGCGGCGCCUUCUACCUCUACAUACAGGUGCCUUACACCUACCCAAUGAACCCUCCCGUGGUACGGUUCCUGACCCGCAUCUUCCAUCCCAACGUGUCCCGCCACGGAGACGUCGGCAUCGACUCUGUGCACCACAACUGGACGCUGGCACUGACCAUCAGCAAAGUGCUGAUCUCUAUACAGAGCCUGCUGACUGACCCGUAUACUGCUGUAUGCAUGGAGCCAGAGAUAGGCGAGAUGUACGCGAACCAGCGCGCCAAGUUCGAGGCGAUCGCGCGGCGCUGGACGUGGCGCUACGCCAUGCACGACGUGCUACAUAACGUGCUCUAGACGAAGAUAGGAGAACCUUCUGGAAGUUUCUGGACGAAAUAGAAGGAGGUGGAAUGUUUUAGAAAUUGUAAUAUUAAGCUCAACAGUAACUUAAGUGUGGUACUCGAUGCGUGACGUGUUACACAUCACACAUGUUCUGUAGACGCAGCCAGGCGAACCUUUUGGAAGUUUCUGGAUGAGAUAGAAGGAAGUGGAAUGUUCUAGAAAUUGAUGCUGAUAUUAUAUUAGGCUCAACAGUACCUCAAGUGCGGUUUUGGUUGGCUAUUAGGUAUAGUUACGCAGGCGAGUUACUGGACAACAGAGAGGAGGUGGAAUGUUCUAGAAAUUGUUACGAAAGAUACAAGAGAGACUACGUUAUGGUCAAUAUUGUAAGACAAAUGAGGCAGUACACUGCAGGCACAGAAUAUGUUGGAUAGUAUGUUUGAGUUUCAGAAUAUCGCGUAUUACUUCAACUGUGUUGAAUGCGACUACAGAGUUUUUUGUCUUCUUAUUUCUAGAUUAGUUCUUGCUUUUGUAGCUUGGCUAUAUUUAUGAGCGAUCUAACUGGACAAAUUAUGAAAUAUGCAACAUUUUAUAACGGAAAAUUAUUAUAGAAGAUACCCGAAAAGACAAGUUAUUAUGAAAUGAGACCUGAAAUGUUUAGGUCAUUAUUAAUAGAUGCAAAUAUUUUAUACCUGCUCUGAUAUUUAAUCUUCCCAAGUUUCACAUUUAUGUACCUACCUAUGUGUAAUAGCUCUAAUUAAUUAUAAUAAAAUUUUAUUUACUUAUACGUAAAAUUUUGAAAGGUAAUUUGAUUGUGUAAAAAUGAUGGCUGUGUCGGAAUAAAAUGUAAGGAUUAUGAAAUAAAAUAUAUUAUCUGCUGUA